GUGUUGAAUGGGGAUCUAAUUUGGAUUUCAUGUCCUAAAAUCAAAUCUGUGAUGGAUUACUACUUUUAGUUUGAGUCUUCACAGUCUCUAUUAACUCCUACAGGGGAGGUAACUCCGGGCACCAUCAAUAUUGAAUGACAAAAAGUUGAAAAAAAGGAGAUGCUCAACGUCUCAAAAGAUGAUGGAAGUGUAACACUCGAGUCUCUUUGGCGUAAUAAUAAAACCCCACGUUCAACACCUUGGUCAAUGAAGUGGGACAUAUCACAUUGAUUAUUGCAUAGAUGUGCCUCACUACCAUGAGCGAGCAGAAGAGACUUUGGGAUCAAAGUGCAAACAGUGCCAUAGUGUACAUCGGGUUUGCUGAUAAGCAGUCAAUGCCACCACAUUGUCGCGUUACCGGUCAGUGGCUUCAAAGUUUGAAAAAAAAAAACAGUCUUUGAUAGCUUCUCAGAAGGCUGAAAAUGGACCGUUGGCAAGGACGUGUGGCCGUGAUUACGGGAGCCAGUGCGGGCGUGGGAGCCGCCGUGUGCAAGCUUUUGAGUCAAAAUGGUAUGAAAGUGGUGGGAUGUGCUCGACGAGUGGAGAAAAUCGAGGCCCUCAAGGCCGAGUGUCCCAACUUACAUGCUUACAAGUGUGACCUGGAGAAAGAGGACGAAGUAGAAGCCAUGUUUAAAUGGAUCGAAUCCGACCCCAAUCUAGGCCGCGUGGAUUUCCUCUUGGCCAAUGCGGGCAUGAGCACCCCGGAAGGUCUACUGGACGGCCAUUUCGCGAAUUGGAAAAAAAUGAUGGACCUCAAUGUCCUUGCUCUUUGUCUCUGCACUCAACUCGCUUUGAAGUCGAUGUUCAAGCACAAAAUUGACGAUGGGCAAGUGAUCUUCCUGAACAGCCUUUCCGGUCAUCGCGUAUUGUCCAAUCCGGCUAUUCACUUCUACGCGGCCACCAAAUACGCCGUGACUGCUUUACUCGAAGGCUGGCGACAAGAGGUCCGAGCCCAAGGAGACAGCAACAUCCGUGUGGCUCAAAUCAGUCCGGGCUUGAUCGAUACCGAGUUCAUCCCGCAAAUGUACAAGGACCAUCCGGGAAAAGCGGAUAAGAUGUUGAGCGCUACUAGCGAGCCUUUGCACGCUGAAAACAUCGCCGAACAGGUCAAGUUCAUCUUGACGGCGCCCAAGAGUGUUCAUAUUUCGGAUAUCCUGGUGCGAUCCACCCAACAGAUGACUUAAAGGUGUUAAUACACAACAAGACUGAUUGAAAAUCCUCAAGUUUUAACUUAUGAUAUUAGGGGCAGAAACUUGAGGCAAACUAAGGGGGUUAAAAACGAGAUUUUGUACGUGAGGGGCGAUAUCAAAUUCACGGGAGAAGCAAAUGUCGUUAUAGAUCGUCGGUGGACUCUCUUCUACGCUCCGUUUUCAUGAUUAAGGAGGCUCCAAUUUCACUCUUUAUGUGCAAGGAAUAAUUUACUUUGUCAAAGAUUCCAGGGUGUGCUUAAUUUGUUCACUUAAAUCUUGUGUUUCCGGGACUUUUCGUCGUAUAAUAUAACUUCAAAACAGAUUAAGAGACACCUAUGCGGGCCACAUGCGGCAAACCUUGGUAUGACAACGGAAAAACUGCUAAGUGAAAAUGAAUAGAUGACAAUAAAGGAGAUCGACCUUGAUCAUAGCUGAGCAUGGUCCUCAAAACUCUGUAGCAAGGGCAUCAUUCCUAGUAUCACUAGAAGCCACUAGAGGGCGCUUUAGGACCGACGCCGCUCGUGAAAUAAACAAAAGGAGGUUUUGGCAUCAUUUUUCCAACCCUUUCAACGUCUUUCUCACACUUUCAUUCGAAAUCGAAACCUGAUCCCUGGCAACAAACAUUGAUAAGUGAUAACGUUUCAAUAUCUGCCACUGUGUGACUCAUCUUAUACGGCUUCCUGAACCUUCUCCAAACGCUGCUAUCCUCCUUUCUGAUAUCUUUUCUGUCUCUAGCACUACCGAAGACAUUUUCUACAUCUAGCUGAUCAGAGAUCAUUUUAGCUCUAAUCGGCGAUUUCCUCCUCGAAUAGUUCCCGCAUAAUCCUUCCAUGGAGUCAGUGUGCACUUCAUUGUUUACUCCUUGCAUAAAUCAGGCAUUGUCAAUAAACCAAACAUGACUAGCUCCCUCUAGUAGUGAUCUCCAGUUCCAACGAUCCCUAUACAAAUACAUACACAAAAUAUAUACAAAAUUGAACUUUUCUCUCCUUACCCGGUGUGGAGGCUCGUCGAGGUCCCAUUCGAAUGGUCGAGGCCAGAGGGCGACUGAGGGCGGGAAAAUCUCGCCCUUGCCGUUUUGCUCGUGCCGCGGUCUCCAAAACCGCCGACUCAAGGGACAAGGCCAUGGCUCGCUCUAGAUCCGCUUUAAAGCGAGAAUCCGCGUCUUCAGCCCGUGACAUGGCUGGGUAUGGGGUUAAAAACCGUGUAGGGUUGAAAAUUUCUUUCUUAUACGUACAUCUAACAAUCACCCAGCAACUAGCACUAGUUGGUCCACACCAGAGUCCGCACCUCAAAGACACUUUUGACAACUGUUGCAACCAUGGAAGAAAGGUACGUUACUGGGCUUCGGGCGCUUCCAAGAGAGAAACAACGCUGACUGACUCAAUGGAUUGGACGGAGGACAAGAA